ACCUAUUUUGGAGGCUCUGCCAUCCUGAACGUCAAGGUCAUCCCUGUGCUUGAGGACAACUACAUGUAUCUAUUCAUUGAGGAGCACACGCUGAAGCCGGCGGCCAUGGACAUGGUGGUGCCCAAGAAGCUGCUGGACAUUGUGGGAUGGAAGGAGGUAUCGCUGACCACCGUAUUAACCAUUCACCAUCACUACUGGCACAUGGUGAUGUUUCCCAUGAGUGUGUGCCUUGGAGGGCCAGAAGGGCUCCAGUGCAGCCGCCCUGCACCCACCUGCUCCACCCUCUCUGACCCACCUUCCUCCAGCUGGCACCUGGAGGGCACGGUUCAGCAGGUGUACCAGAGCCUGGCAGAGACCCUGGGCACCCUGUCCCCGAGAGAGAUGCCACUCAACCAAGCCACACUGAGCAAACUCAAGUUUGUGGAGCCCUGCAAUGUCCAUGUGAUGGCCAAGCUGCCAGAAACUAAGAAGAGGGGUGGGGAUGACAUGCCCACAGUGCCAUCCACUCUGGGGGAGGAGCUCCUCUACAACCCUUUCCUGAGGAUAGCGUCCAGGGCCUUCCUGUGGGGCAGGCUAGGAGCCUAUGGCAGGCCUGAGCCAGUGCCUUGGGAGGGCCUGUGCUUUCCCCAGGGGCUGCACUUCAAAGCUGGCUGA